UGGUUGUAUAACAGUAUAAAGUGUAGUUAUCACAGUAUGAUGAAAUAGUAUCAUAAAAGCACACAGGUGAUUGAUUGCUGUUUUAAUAAAGCAAUAGAGGUGCAGAGCAAUAAAUUUGAAAAAUGCCAUCGAAAAAUUUUCGAAAUUAUGUGAGAAAGACAAGGAGCAGUAGUCGACUGUCUUCUGGUGCAUCUACAUCCCAGUCAGAUCUGAAACUGGAACAAAAUGCUGCAGAAACAGACCAAUCAAGUCAAAGUACCAAAAGGAGGGAGCCCUCGCUAUUUCGACGAUCAUCAAGGAGAACGAGCAAGAGAGAAUCGGAGAGUGAUGUCUUUCAAGAUAGCAGUGAUCAAGGAUAUAUGCAAACUCGAGCCAAAAGAGCAAAAAAGAAUGCCUUGAAAAAGGCUACUCAAGCCAAAGCACCUGCAGGAGGACCAUUUUUACUUCGUAUAUUACCUGAUGAGGUUCUCUUGCAAAUUUUUUCAUAUUUGAUUGAAUCAGACCUCUGUUCCCUUGCACAAGUUUGUAAAAGAUUCAGCAUCCUGGCUAACGAUACAGUGUUAUGGAAACAUUUAUAUCAAGAAGUAUUUGAAUACACAUGGCCGAUGAUGCACCCAUCGGAAAAGAAAUUUUACCAAGUCAAUCCAGAAGAAUAUGAUGGACACAACCCAUGGAAGGACAGUUUCCGACAAUUGCACAAAGGUGUUCAUGUUGUACCUGAGCCAAUAGGAGGAUCAAGAUUAAGAAAAAGAAAAAACAUGAAGUACCAUUUUUCCAUUGAUGACGCCUGUAAUGUAAUAGAUAUCACUCAGAAUAAAUUAAUCCUCGUACACUCCGGAAUAUACACAGAUGAAUGGAUAUUUAUUGAACAUCCAGUUACAAUCAUUGGAGCAGCUCCUGACAAAAUUGUGUCUCAUGUAAUAGUUGAAAACACUCACACAUCAACUUUUGUAUUUAUGGAUGGAUCAGAUGAUGCUUAUGUCGGAUACAUGACCAUAAGGUUAUAUCUUCCUGAUGAUCCCAACUCAGUCUCACACACAACUGAUGAAGGAAAAUAUUGCAUGAAAAUUGGACCAAAUUGUUCACCAAUCAUUGAUCAUUGUUAUAUAAGGUGUAUUUCAACAGUGGGAAGUGCAGUAUGUGUUACGGGCCACGGUGCCUGUCCAACAUUCCGACAUGUCAACAUAAGCGAUUGUGAAAACGUAGGCUUGUAUAUAACGGACAAUGCUGAGGGUCUUUAUGAAGAUUGUGAAAUCAACAAUAAUGCUCUGGCUGGCAUCUGGGUCAAAGAUCAUGCCAAACCUAUCAUAAGAAGAUGCCAUGUUCACCAUGGUAGAGAUGUUGGAGUAUUCACAUUUGAUCAUGGCUCAGGUUACUUUGAAAAAUGUGAUAUCCAUCACAAUAGAAUCGCCGGUUUUGAAGUGAAAGCGGGAGCCAAUCCCACUGUUGUUAAUUGUUCGAUACAUCACGGACAUACAGGAGGAAUAUACGUCCAUGCUCGGGGUCGAGGACAGUUUAUCGACAAUAAAAUCUACAACAACCAGUUUGCUGGUGUUUGGGUGACAUCUAACAGUGAUCCGACUAUCAGAGGAAACGAUAUUUUCAAUGGUCAUCAAGGUGGUGUCUAUGUAUUCGGUGACGGAAAGGGACUCAUUGAGAAAAAUAACAUUUAUGGUAAUGCUCUUGCUGGUAUACAGAUUCGAACAAACAGCAGUCCGAUAGUAAGACAUAAUAAAAUUCAUGAUGGCCAACAUGGUGGGAUUUAUGUCCACGAGCGAGGCCAAGGUAUCAUAGAAGAAAAUGAAAUUUAUGCCAACACAUUAGCUGGAGUCUGGGUUACGACCGGCUCUUCUCCAACGUUACGAAGGAAUCGAAUUCACUCAGGAAAACAAGUUGGAGUUUAUUUCUAUGACAACGGACAUGGAAUAUUGGAAGACAAUGAUAUUUACAAUCAUAUGUACUCGGGAGUGCAAAUAAGAACUGGCAGUAAUCCUACAAUAAAGAGGAAUAAAAUCUGGGGUGGACAAAAUGGUGGAAUUCUCGUCUAUAAUUCUGGUCUGGGAGUUAUUGAACAUAACGAAAUAUUUGAUAAUGCAAUGGCAGGUGUAUGGAUUAAAACUGAUAGCAAUCCAACAAUGCGAAAUAAUAAAAUUCAUGAUGGAAGGGACGGAGGAAUAUGUAUUUUUAAUGGAGGAAGAGGUAUUUUAGAAGAAAACGAGAUUUUCCGAAAUGCUCAGGCAGGAGUUUUGAUUAGUACGAACAGUCAACCUGUACUGCGAAGAAAUCGAAUAUUCGAUGGAUUUGCUGCCGGAGUUGAGAUCACAAAUUCUGCCACAGCUCUCCUAGAACGCAACCAAGUAUUCAACAAUAAGUUCGGGGGAAUUUUUCUUGCCACUAGUAUUUCUGCAGUACUCAAAGAAAACAAAGUUUUCAGCAACCAGAAUGCGAUUGAAAAAGCAGUUAAACAUGGCCAAUGUCUUUAUAAAAUUUCAAGUUACACAAGUUAUCCUAUGCAUGACUUUUACAGGUGUCAUACUUGCAACACAACAGAUAGAAAUGCAAUUUGUAUUAAUUGUAUCAGGAAAUGUCACCAUGAUCAUGUUGUUGAAUUUAUUCGCCAUGACAGAUUUUUUUGUGAUUGUGGCGCUGGAACACUCAGUGGAACUUGUUGCUUAGCAGGAGAGCCAACUCAUGACACGGAUACUUUGUACGAUUCAGCACCUCCCACAGAAUCCAACACAAACAGGCAAGCUUAAUGACAUUGGAAACCAACACAAGUAUCUGUACACAACAGUUUUACAUAUUUCUAUUUAAAGACUUUCCGUGGGUAUUCCAUUGUUUGGGUAGCCCUAAUUUAAUCCGGGCUCAGUUUUUCUGUUUUUUUUUUAUAAUUUUUUAGGUGAUGGGUCUUAUUUUGCGAUUUUCAGUGUUCCCAUUUAUUGAAAAAUAAGUUGAAAUUGAAUUUUUCAGUAAUUCUUUAAAAUUAUGAUUACCGGAAUUUAUUUAUAUGAACAGUCAUGCAAUGCUGCUUUCUUUAGUGAAUUUAAAGUUACCAGCGUGGUUUAACCAUAAAACCAUGGCAAAUGCGUUCUUGUCAUCAACAAAGUAAAUUUAAUUGCAAAUAUUGGUUACUACUAAAUUGGGUACUCCCGUAGUAUGUGAACCAAGAUGGACACCCGAUCGUAGUAUGUGUACGAGGUUAGGGUUAGGCUAUAAUUUCAGGUACA